AUGGUCAAGGCGAAGAAGUUGUUACUCAAGUACGCCAAUGUUUUCUCGUCAAACGAAGCUGACAUAGGAAAGACUGGCUUAGUUCAACACAAAAUAAACACAGGACAAGAAUUGCCUAUUCGUCAGCGGCCAAGAAGAUUGCCUGUAUCACGUGAAAAGGAAGUGGAAACCAUGAUUGAGGGAAUGGUGAAGGAUGGUGUUAUUGAACCUUCAUCUAGUCCAUGGUGUUCACCUGUGGUGCUGGUAAAGAAGAAGGACGGUAGCAUGCGGUUUUGUGUUGACUACCGCCGCCUGAACGACGUUACAAAGAAGGACAGCUAUCCCUUGCCAAGAAUUGAUGACACGCUGGACAUGCUUACAGGCGUAAAGUGGUUUAGUACGCUGGAUCUAAAGAGUGGCUACUGGCAGGUUGAAAUUGACCCUAAGGACAAGGAGAAAACUGCAUUCUCCACAGGAAAGGGUCUGUGGCAAUUUAAAGUCAUGCCGUUUGGAUUGUGCAAUGCUCCAGCAACGUUUGAAAGGUUGAUGGAGCUUGUACUUACCGGGCUAAUUGGAGAUGCCUGUCUCGUCUAUUUGGAUGACAUCAUCAUCGUAGGCCGUACGUUUGAGGAACACCUUCAAAACCUGGAACGCGUGCUCAUGAAGAUCCAGAGUGCCAAACUCAAGUUGAGUCCAAAGAAGUGCUCACUAUUCAAACGGCAAGUUAGUUUUUUGGGGUAUGUAGUGUCGGAAGAAGGUAUCCGCACGGAUCCAGAGAAAAUUGCUGCUGUCAAGGAGUGGCCGGUCCCAAAAGACAAGACACAGGUUAGAGCAUUUUUGGGUUUGUGUUCUUAUUAUCGGCGAUUUGUGAAGAACUUUGCAGAUAUAGCCAAACCUCUGCACAAGCUAACCGAGGAAAAGCGACAUUUCUGCUGGGAUGAAAGUUGGAAUAUUGCAUUCCAGGAGCUCAAGAAUCGUCUGUGCAAAACACCUAUUUUGGGGUACCCUGAUGCGGGCAAGGAAUUCAUAGUUGACACAGACGCAAGUGAUAUAGGACUUGGCGGUGUGUUGUCUCAACGGAAUGGUGAUCAAGAGAUUGUGAUAGCGUACUUCAGCAAGUCGUUGUCAAAGCCGGAAAGGAACUAUUGUGUCACAAGACGGGAAUUGCUUGCUGUGUUAAAGUCCUUGCAGCAUUUUAGCAAAUAUCUUCUAGGGCGGAAAUUCCACUUACGAACUGACCAUGCUGCACUGAAAUGGCUAUUGCAGUUCAAAAAUCCGGAAGGACAAGUUGCGAGAUGGAUUGAACUACUGCAGGAAUACGACUUUGUGAUCGAACAUAGCAGCGGGAAAUCUCAUGGCAAUGCAGAUGCAUUGUCAAGAAGACCUUGCCCUGAAGAUUGCAAGCAUUGUACUAGGCAAGAGGGUAAGGAAGUGGUAUCUGUGAGAGUGCUCAGGACAGACCAGCUCAGCAAUGAGUGA